AUGGCGCUCCUCGUGUCUUUCCUUCUGAUCGCCCUUGCAGCCGGGUUCCGGUCGAAGAGCGACCCGGCCUUGCCGUGGCAGGAGCAUCGGGUGAGCUCCGCCGAGGAGCUGCAGGAGCUCCUCGGAACCGUGCUGGCAGAGGCCAACACAGCGAAGGCCAGCAAGGAGGUUGCAGGCGAUGCAGAAGCACAAGAAGACGUGCUCAGGGAGCAUGUUGCUAUCAUCAUGAAGGAUUGGCAGCGCGCCGGCGCAGGCGCUUGCCAUCAGCAGCUCGGGCUCCUGAUGAACAACCUCAUGUUUGCAUGCGAAUCCUUGCAUCCGAAAGCCGACUGGCUUCUCGACUACUACGACCCCGUCCUCCUGGACAAGACCUGCGCCGAGAGCGUCAGCGACAUUUUCGCCUUAGGAGACGAACUGGUGGAAACCCUCCGCGUCUCCAGAGAUGCUGUAGCCUCCUUGGAUGUGGACGGCAAGACGCUCCGUCGAUAUCAAGCGCUCUCCUUUCUUAGGAGCUGGCUGGUGAAGCUGACUGAGACUCGUGAUCAUGCAUUGCUUUGGGCCGGCUUCUGGGAUGGGGACCCCGAGAACCGCACGACCAUGACGAAGCUUUCCAACUUUGCCAAGGAAAUAGAGCACUCGACCGUGCACCCCACCACCUUCUUGGGACGAGCCAUCGAGGCAAGCGGGAACCUCGACGCCUGCUACAAGGACCCCCAGACCAAUGCGCUUGCAGCAAACAUGUGGUCAAUCGCAAGCAUGAGCUUCGUGCUUGGGAUGCGCGAGCGGGCACAAGGAACGGUCAUCGCACUGGUUAACAAACAGGUCACAGGGGAGCGGAACUUGUCGCAGUCCGUGCUGUCCACUCAUGAAAUCCCAACGGUGGGGCUCGCAGCCUGGGGGCUCGGGUUCUGGUCUCCGAAAGUGAUGGUUGUGGACCUCAUGGGCACCUGCGACAAGACGAGCCCAGCGCUGCAGAAGCGGCUUCUCGCCCGCCUGCCCUCUUGGGCCAAGUCAAUGACGAACUGGAGCCUGGAAGCCUUCGCGACGAGGUCGUUGCUCCAGUGGCAGUGCAUCGACUGCUCGGGGGAGUGCAGCCUUGACGAGGCCUUCGCAGAGCACGUUGAGAUGCGGGUCAAGGCCAAGGAGGAGCAAGACCGGAAGGACCAGGAGCUCCGCCAGGUCGUGCGCCCUCGUUUCGCGGCCUUGGCCGCUGCUGAGCUCAGCAAGAAGGAGGUGAACUUGGCUUACAAGCUGAUGAUGGCCGUGAAGGGUUGGCGUCAAAAAACAGCGCUGAUGAGGCACGCACGUGUGCUGGACUUGAAGCUUCGGAGCACGGCCCAGGAGGUCGAGGUUUGGAGGGAGCUCGAGGGCCCAGAAAAGCAACGGCGUGUGGAGCAGCUCCUCCGAGAGAAUGCUGAUCCGAACCCUCCGGACCGGCUCGGCCACACAGCCCUCCUCUAUGCUGUAUACGAAGGGAACCUGAAGCUGGUCGAGACGUUGCUGCAUGCAGGAGCCCGGUUGGAAGCCCACGAUGAGGACGGCAACGUCCCCCUCAUCUAUGCUGCAGGACUCGGCGACCUGGACCUGAAGGUGGUCGAGGCGUUGUUGAAGGCUGGAGCCCAGGUGGAGGCCCACGGAAGGACUGGCGAGACAGCCCUCAUCGUCGCUGCAAACCAUGGCCUCUUGCAGGUGGUCGAGGCGUUGGUGAAGGCUGGAGCCCAGCUGGAGGCCCGUGAUGAAUUUGGCAGAACAGCCCUCACAUGUGCUGCGGAAGCGGGCCACCUGAAAGUGGUUGAGGGCUUGGUGAAGGUUAAAGCCCAGCUGGAGAACCGCAAAGACAAUGGCGACACAGCCCUCAUGGUCGCUGCAUUGCACGGUCGCUUGAAGGUGGUCGAGGCUUUGCUGAUGGCCGGAGCGCAGCUGGAGGCCCGCAAUGAGAAAGGCAACACAGGACUUGCACUCGCCGCAAAAGAGGGCCACUACGAGGUAGUUGAGGCCAUGGUGAAAGCCGGUGCGGAGGUGGAGGCCCGCGAUGAGGAUGGGUUCACAGCCUUACUAUUCGCCGCAAAAGAGGGCCACUACGAGGUGGUCGAGGCCUUGAUGAAGGCCCGAGCUCAGUUGGAGGCCCGCAAUAAGGAUGGCGAAACAGCCCUCAUGUACGCAGCUGAGAACGAUCAUGUGCAAGUGGUCGAGGCAUUGGUGGAGGCCGGAGCCCAGCUGGAGGCCCGACACGAGAAUGGUUUCACAGCCCUCAUGUUUGCUGCAGGCAUGGGCCGCGUGAAAGCAGUUGAGGCUUUGCUGAAAGCCGGAUGUCAAGUGGACGUGCACAAUGAGGAAGGCUUCACAGCCCUCAUCUGGGCGGCUCUCGCAGGUCACUUGCACGUGGUUGAGGCCUUGCUGAAAGCCGGAGCCCAACCGCAGGCCCGCGAUGCUGAUGGCAAAACUGCCUUGGACCAUGCACAAGACUUUGGUUACCCGCAGAUUGCAGACCUCUUGCGGAAGUACAGCGUUGCCCACUGA